UACCUCAAGGCUUUCAGGAGCUUUACUAAGCCCAUCAUGGGGGGUACGAAGCUCUGCCUUUUGCUGCUACUGGCCACAUACACACUGGCCCAGCAAGAUGUGGGAACUCUUGAGGAAUCUCCUGUUUGUCCAUUGGCCAAAAGAUUCAAGAACUUCAGACGCUUUGUGUACGACUACGAAGCUGAAUCCUUUAACGGCGUGAACGGAGCUACAGACAACAAGAGUGGCCCCAAAGUCUCCUGCAAAGUUGAGGUUGAUGUGCCACAGACGUGCAGCUUCAUCAUCCGCACAACAGAAUGCUCUCUGAAUGAGAUUUUCAGUGUGGAUGAAGCAGGGAACCCAGUGUAUCGUCCUGCUGCUGGAACCAACGCUUUCAAAGCUGCAAUGGCCAGGAACGCCCUGAAGAUCACAGUCGAAGGACAAACUGACGUGAAACUCUUCCCUGAGGACGAUGAGCCCGUCAACAUCUUAAACAUCAAGAGGGGAAUCGUGUCCGCUCUCAUUGUUCCUGUGAUGGAAGAAGAGAAGAACAAAGAAAUGGCCACUGUACAUGGAGUGUGUUCAACCGACUUCACUGUCAACGUCAGAGAGGACAUCGCCACCGAUGUUACCGUCAGCAGGGAUCUCUCCAGAUGCGACUGGUUCAUCGCUCGCAGACAAGACACAAGUCCCCUGGCCCUCAUCUCUGGCAUGCACUACCCCUUGUCCAAGGUGAUCAGCAGCACUCAGACUUGCGACUACAAGUUCGACAACCAGAAGAAGCACAUGACAAGUGGAAUCUGCACAGAGAAACACCUCUUCCUGCCUCUGUCCAGCCAGAAUGAGUAUGGCAUCUCUACAAUGGUGAAGCAGACUGUGACUCUGAGGGAGACCGCCAAGAUCAACGACAGGAUCUUUGACCGCAAUGAGGACAACCUCCGCUUCCUGCCCAUGGAAGCCGCUGAUGACAAGGCCCCAGUCCAAACCAAGGACGCCGUCAUGGCCACGUUUCAGGAGCUGAACACUCUCUCAGAGACCACCGAGCGUGAGAAGCGCGCCAGCCUCUUCUACAAGCUGGUGUCUGAGCUCCGUAGCCUGAAGGUCGACGCUGCAGGAGCCGCCGCCGUUGAGAUGAUCGAAGUUUCCGAACCUCUGAUGUGGCAAGCUCUGGCUCAGUGCGGCACCCCUGAAUGCACCAGCGCCAUGCUGAAGGUUCUGAGGACCUACCCUGAGGAGGCUCUGGAAGUUGAUGCUAUUGUCUUUGCCUUGGGACUUCUGCCAAACCCCUCCCCCCUCAUGGUGAGAGACAUGUUGGCAAUGGCUCAGUACAAGCAGAGCAAACCCAUCAUGUACACCCUGGGAAAUAUCGUCAAGAAACUGUACCAGGCUGAAGGUAAAGUCCCUGAGGUCAUCGCUGUCUCUGACUUCAUCAACUCCCUUCUGGGCGCCGACUGCGCUGGAGACAAGGAGCUGACCUUCCUGACUUUGAGGAUUGUUGGUAAUUUGGGAGAUGUUUUGGAGGAUGUUGACUCUUCGAUUAAGACCACCCUGCUGAAGUGUAUGAGACAGCCCUCAACCACACUGUCUGUGCAGCUGGCUGCCAUCCAGGCUUUCAGGCGUAUGUCUGUGACUGAUGAGGUUCGCUCUAACCUCCAGAGAGUCAGCCAGUAUCCCAAGGGUGCUGUGCAGAAGCGUCUGGCUGCCUACCUGAUGCUGAUGAGGAAUCCCCAGGACAGUGACAUUGAAGUGGUGAAGAAGCUGCUUAAGCAGGAGCAGAACGUGCAGGUCAAGGCCUUUGUGACCACCCACAUCUACAAUAUCAUUUCCUCAACUGACUCAGAGACCCAGAUGCUUGGAAAGAGGAUCUUGAAUGCCCUGGAGGACACUGAUGUUGUUGCACACAAUGACUACAUCACAAAGUCUCGCAACUACAAGCUGGGCAUGGCGUACGACAGCCUGGCAGCCAACAUUCAGGGCAACAUGAUCUUUGAUCCCAGCAGCCAACUGCCCAGGGAGGUCCUGCUGGAGACUACCCUUAAAGCCUUUGGAUACAGCAUGGACAUGUGGGAGAUUGGCAUGGAAGGAAAGGGCUUUGAGCCAACCAUUGAUGCCCUGUUUGGAAAGAACGGGUUCUUCCCUGACACCGUGUCCAAGGCUAUUUACUGGACUGAAGAUAAGCUGCCCCCCAAGAUCAAAGAAGUUCUUGAGAAAUGGGUUGCUCCACUGAAAUCAGAGGGACAGCAGGUUCCUGCAAAUCUCAUGAGGGAAAUUGUUCGCAACUUCAACAAGCUGGUUAAAGACCUUCAGGGCUUUGAGGCUCCAGAGGCCAUGGCCUACCUGAGGAUCAUGGGAAAUGAGAUUGGAUACAUCAAGGCUAACGAACUGGAGGCUAUUGCACAAAGUGCAAUGACAUAUGCAAACCUUUUCACGCAGCUCAUUCCAAAGAGGGUCAUGCGUAGUCUGAUGUCCGGCACCUACAAUGAGGUGUUUGUCCACUACAUCUUCAUGGACAACAGGUUUGUGCUGCCAACAGCAGCUGGCUUGCCUCUGACAUUUGCUCUGUCUGGUACCUUCACUCCUGGAGCAAAGGGAAGAGUUUCCAUUUCCAAAAACAUGAACGAACUGUCAUUUAUGCCCUCUGUUGGAGUUGAAUUCGUGACAAAGAUGGGAGUCCAUGUGCCUGAAUUUGUUGACUCUGCUGUCGAGAUGCACUCUAACAUCUACCAUGAGAGUGCACUCAAUGCCAAGAUCACCAUGGAGCAGAAUGAGGUCAAGCUUUCCAUCCCCACCCCACAGGAUACCACCAAGUUCCUCACUGUCAGCAAUCAGGUGAUGAUCGUCGGUGCUGGCUAUGCUCCAGUGAUCCCACACAAUGAGGGUGAAUCUGUCUGCAAUCCUCUCAUCCCUGGAGUCAGAUACUGCACCAAAGCCCUUCGCAGAAACAUUGGUGAUAGGAGGGAUGUUCCCUUCUUCCCCCUGAAUGGAGAAACAAAGUUUGCUCUUGACAUCAAACCUCUUGCAGGAGUCUCUGAGUACACAGCCACUAUUGCCUACAACCUUCUCAGUGAAGGAAAGGAUGGUCGCCAGAAGGUUGACUCUUUAAAGAUGAUCCUGAGAGCUGAGGGAACCAAGCCCAUCGAAGCUUCAGCCAUUAUGAAAUACAACAGGAACAGGAACGUCUUCACCACCCAGGUCCUGAUACCUGACUUCGAUGUAGAGGCCACAGUUAAGCUUGGCAUGACUGACAGCAGCACCAGAGGCAAAUCUGUUAUCUUUGAGAUCGCCAACAAGAACAUCCCACAGCUCACUCUCACUGGGCGUGCCAAGGUUCAGGCCAUGACUGAGGGCAUGCUGCAGGUUCAGCUGUUAGUCCCUUCACUCAGUACUGAUGCUUCCAUUACUGCGACCAUGAACAAAGCCGAUGGACUCACAAUGGAGGUCAAAAGUGAUGUGAAGAUCCCAGCAACCUCCUCAGUUCAGGCAGUCACAUUCAAAUAUGGUGCAGACCAGGCUGAGAUCAAGCUGAUGUCUAAUGUAAAUGCUGAUACCACAAUUAUGGUGCCUUACACUGAAGCCCUUCAGGCCUGGCUCAGACAGUUUGUGGAGGACGUUAUGGACCAGAGAGUUGUCAAGACUGACAUGAAAGUGCGCCACAUCUUCAACAAGGGGCUUGAGGCUGGUAACAAUUGGAUGGACAAGCUCCAAGCUGACCUUCCCUAUGUUGAGACUCUGAGAAACAACAUUGCAAUGGUGGAAAUGCCAUCCAUGCCUGAGAACCUGUUCAUGAACCUGGAAAGUGCUUUCAAAUACCAGUUCAACCAGGACACUUUGACCAUCAGUGUUCCUCUGCCUCUCGGAGGUAAAUCAUCUGAGGAUCUUAGAAUACCUCCUGUGAUCACAUCCCCAGAGAUCUCCAUGCCCCAGGUGGGUCUGGAGCUUUCCCCUGUUAGUAUCGAUCCCACUUUCACCAUCCCCUCUGAGUACGAGCUCACCAUGCCACUGAUGGGAAUGAUGGAAAUGUCUACCAAGCUCAACAGCAACUAUUACAACUGGGAAGCAAUCGUGUCUGCCGGCAAUAACACUGCUGACUCUCCUAACUACUUGGCCAAAUUCAAAAUCGUGGCUGAGAGUCCCAUUGAAGUUCUGUCCUUCUCAACUCAGGGGCUUACAGAGGUUACCGACACAGAGGAGAAAACAAUGAAGUUCAUCAUUAACGGUGCCAUGAACCAUCAGUUCCUCCGCUCAUCUUUUGAUGUGAUGGAAACUGUUGCUGUCUCAGACAAUGUUCUGUCAACAGGAAGUUACAGCAUGAACGCUGUUUCCCCUCUUGGAAUGGAGACUUCUGUCAGUGUUACUACCCAGUUCACCUUAGAUCCAAAAAUGCUUUCUGGAGAUACGAAUGCAGAUGGAAGCAUGUCUGUUGGACCCAUGGCUGCCAGCACUACUUACCAACACACCUUCUCUGUUGAGCCAGUGAAGAAAGAAGCAAGAUCUGAGAGCACACUGAGAGUAAACUCUGGAAUCCUGAAGCUUGCAAACAAGGUCAAGGCAUCCUAUGCAAAUGAAGAACUUCUGGUUGAAUCCAACACAAACAUGAACAGUGAGCCCAUCAAGCACACCACAAAAAUCAGCCUUAUUUACAAGGAUAAGCUCACCAUGCAGUCUGACUCUGUGACCAAAGCUGAUGAGAAAGUGCUUCGCAGCCAGAUUGAAUUCAUCGGCUCUGGAGCUCAGGCCACCCUCAGAAUUGAGAAUCAAGCUGAAGAUACAACAAACCGUGCCUACUCCCUGCUCACUGGGUCCAUGAACCCAUCUGGUUUGGAGAUCAAUUCUGAUGCCUCAGUUAACAUGUUUUCAAGUCUUGCCUCUCACAAAGCAACCUUGACCCUGAACAUGAAUGGCCUUACCACCAGCUGCACCACAACUGCUCAGCACACUCCAAUCACCUUUGAAAAUGUUUUCCAUGGAGGAAUUGAUGCCUCUGGUGCCACAAUGUCUCUUACCACUAAGGGAGGCAUAAGGGAGAACAAGGCUGAGUUCAAUGUUGAAGGUAAGAUGGCAAGCUCUGAGAUCUAUUUCAAUGGCAUCUUUGAAGGUAACCUCUUCGACUUGAACACCAGGAACAGAGUGAACCUCAGACUGAAUGAAGAAAGCUUGGUUCUCUCCAACAAUGUGGUUGGAUCUUUUAAUGAGAUGAGAACCGAAAACACCCACUCACUGUCUCUGACACCAAGAGCUUUUACCCUCCAGUCCAAGACCGAUAACUUCCUUAACCAGAGAAACACCUACAUGCAUGAUGUCACAGUUAACAUGGAGCCCUUUACUGCCUCUGUGAUUAUGAAAAAUGACCUGAAGAUCAUGGAGAUUAACUUUGUGAAUGAUGCCCAGUUCAGAGUUGAGCCUUACACCAUGGAGCUGACUGGAACAACAAUGGGAGUCUUCUCAGAGGAAGAGCUCAAGCACGCCUAUGAAAUCAAGUUUGCUGACAUGGUCCUCUCUACAAAGUGCAACACCAAUGGUAAACUGCUGGGAUCUCACAUGACGCAUACCACUGAAAUGGAGGUUUCUGGUCUGACCAUGAAGUUUGACAAUGUUGCCAACUUCAAUUCACCAUCUCUUCGUCUUGACAGCACAGUAAAAACUGUUGCUGCACCCUUCACUCUGAACAUUGAUGCCAUGUUCAACUCAAAUGGUGCUAUGAAUUUCUAUGGGGCACAGAGUGGCGAACUCUACAGCAAAUUCCUGCUGAAGGCAGAACCCCUGCUGUUAACACAUUCAUUUGAGUGCAGAGCCUCAACCGUUCAUGAAAUUGAAGGCAGACCAACAAUCAAGACCAACAUGGACAACAAGUUCAACAGCAUGCUGAGCCUCCAAGAGCAGAGCGUCACAAUGAAAAUGACAUCAAAAGUAAAUGACCAUGAUUUCAAUCAAGAAAUGAAUGCCUAUAACAAUGCAGAGAGAAUGGGAGUAGAGAUGAUGGGAGCUAUCUCCACCACCCUCUUCAGUGAAAACAGCAAUGAUUACACCAUUUCUGGGUUUGUAAAGUAUGACAAGAACAGUGACAGCCACCUUAUCCAGAUCCCAUUCAUUGAGCAUCUGCCUGUAGUAAUUGAUAACUUGAGGAUCACAAUGAUGAGGCUGAUGGACCAGAGCAUAAAGAUGGUGAAAGACAUUAACACCAAGUAUGACAUUAGUACCAAGAUUCAGAGCAAAGUGGCUGAGCUGAAGGAGGUCAUUGACAACUUUGACUUAAACCUGUUUGUCCAAGAUGUGAAAAAGUUCAUCAGCUCAAUGGAAAAUUCUAUGACCAACCUGGUUGCCAAGUUGCCAACUGAUAAAAUUGUAAAUAUGCUGAAAUCAGUGAAGGACACCAUCAUGGCUUGGAUCAAGGAGCAUGACAUCGCUAAAAAGUUCAGUGUAAUGUAUGCCAAAAUAGAGGAAAUCCUCUCAAACUAUGAGGUUGAGAAAAUGGUUGGGGCUGUCAUGGAUGAAGUUGUUAAAAUCAUGAAGCAGUAUCAAGUGAGGGAAAAAAUUCAGUCUGCAUUUACUGCUUUGAGAUCAAUUGACUUCAGGCCUUUGGUCGAAAGAAUUAUGCUGCCAGUUCAGGGGCUUGUGAAUGAGUUGUAUGCUAUUGACUUCAAACAGCUGAUGGAGGACAUGAGCGACUAUUUCAUGAGAAUGAUCGAGAAAGUAAAAUCUUUUGACUAUGAAACAUUCACCAUGGAGCUGAAAGAGAAAAUUGUCGAUAUGAGCAAGAUUCCCUGUUUUGGAAAACUUUAUGGAGAGUUCAGAGUUACCUCACCUCAUUACAACCUCAGAACCAAUGCUGACUUUGAGAACACUACAACUUCUGAAGCAACACCAGAGUUCAAGAUGAACCUCAAAUCUCAGGCUACAUCCACUUUAAGAGUCCUUGAUUACACCCUGGAUGCCAGCGCACAUGUUGCUGCACCUAGAAGGAACCGCGUGUCCAUCUCUGAGAACAUUAAGUUUGAACAAUCAUCCUUCAAUCUUGAUCACCAAGGAUCAAUGCUCUUCUAUGGCAUCUCCGGUCAAGCCUCUGCUGAAACAACCGCCAAAGUCAUGACUGAAGUCUAUGUUGCAGAGCUUGUCAACAAAGCAUUCCUUGCCAUGGAGAAAGGAAUGUCUGCCACUGUAGAGACAGAGUACAAGCAUGACAUCAAUAUGCCACCCCUUAACAUCUUCAGUGAUAUGUCAAUGGGUCAGAAGACUGUUUUCCUGCUCGAGGAAGGAACUGCCAGCCUGAAUAUUAACAAUCUGGCCAAUGCAAAAUAUGCAAUUCAGGACUUCUCAGAUGAAGGAAGCCACAAGAGCAACAUGGAAAUUGUCAUGGAUCUCCACACAGCUAAAGUGGACCCUCUCUGGAGAGAACCAGGAUUCCACAAUUUCAAAAUGGUUCAAAAUGUGGUUGUUGACACGUGCAUUUUCCGUCACAUAAUUGUUGAUGCCAAGGUUGAGACAGAGGCACCUUUCAUCAAGAGUAGCAUUGCAGAGGCCAAGUUUCAAGCUAAAGUUGAAGACAUGAAGAUCGAUUUCACCGCCACUCAUAACACUGAGUUGGAGGGAGAGAUUGAAGGAACUCUUGCAAACUCAGCACUUGCUUUGAUCACACCUAAUGAUGUAAUGUUUGAAACCAAGAACAGAGGAAACACUAAAAUUGCUCUUCCAUUCAAGCUCUCUGGAAAGAUGGAUCUCCAGAAUGACAUGUCUUUUACCCUGAACUCUGGUGUGCAGCAGGCUAGCUGGACAGGUCUUGCUCGAUUCAACCAGUACAGAUACUCCCAUUAUUUUACCAUGGAUAAUAGUGAGAGAGAAAUUAAUAUUGUUUCCCAGAUUAAUGGAGAGAUCAAUCUUGAUGUACUGAAAGAGCCCAUCACCAUUCCUGCAAUGACUGUGCCAUUUUUUGGAAUGAAGACACCAAGAGUGGAAGACUUCUCAGUGUGGGAUGACACUUCCCUGAGCUACUUCUUGAUCUCAACUCAGCAGACACUGGACAUGAGCUCCAAUCUUAAAUACAUGAAGAACCCUGAAAUGAUCACUAUUGACAUUAAUAUGGAACCAGUCAUCAAUGCCAUUAAUACCAAUGUCAAAUCUCUGCACAAAAAAAUGCUCAUUGGCAAAGACAAAGCUGCCGCCAUGAUUGCUGCAUCUUAUGGCAAAGCAAGGGAAGAGUAUGAAAAAUACAGCAUCGAAUUGCCCACAACCAUCACAGUCCCAGCUUACAGAAUUCCAGUGAUAAAUGUUGAAAUGUCCACCUUCACUGUUCCUCUGCCUGACUUUAGUCUCAUCACAAUGCCUUCUCUCAGUGUGCCAUCUGCCCUUAGGAAGCUGACUCUGCCAAAAAUCACUCUGCCCACAGCUGACCGCAUCAACAUCCCACUCAUGGGUGAUUUAACAUAUGAGUUCUCCAUGAAAACAGCAAUGAUCACCCUCAAAACUGAUGCCAGCCUCCUCAACCAGGACAGCAUCCUCAUGAAACUUGAUGCCUCCUCAACCUCUGAAUUUGACAUUCUGACCGGUAAAAUUGAAGGAAAUGCCAAUGUGAACAUGGCCGAGGGAUUUAAAAUGGCCUCCAUUCUAUCAGUUAAGCACCCAGUGGUGGAGGGAAGUCAUGACAGCACCGUCAUCGUAAGUUAUGAAAAUGUGGAUGCAUCCGUUGCAAAUUCAGCUAAGCUCAACCUACCUUCGAUGACAAUGGAAAUCUACCAGGUGAUUACUGAUCCAGAGGAAGGCAUUGUUGUCUCGAUGUCCACUCCUGCUGUAGGCCUCAUUGGAGUUCAGAUGCAGACUAAACGUCCAGCACAAAUGAAAGCAAGACUCUAUGGCCGCUACCCGUCUGAGCCCACAACCGACAUUGAUAUCUUUGGCGUCAAGAUGGCUUUGAUGAAUGCUGAGAAGGUGAACCUGCAGACCACCUGGAACAUGGAAAUGCCAUAUCAUGUGAUGCUUAACCUGAAGGAACAUGUUCCUGAUGUUAUGGACAUGGUAUCUACACCUGCUGUCAAUACAUUUAAUGCCAUCUCCAGACAUGCUAGAAGUCUUGAGGGCUCCUUUGAGGAGGCUAGAGAUCAGGGUAAAGUGAUGUUCAAGAGAGCUGUUGACAACCUUGCAGCAGUAAAUCCUUCUGACUUUAUGACAACUGUCACAGAUAACACUAUUUUGAUCCUCAGACAGUACCAAGCCAAAAUUGAAAGUGUUCUUGAUGCUGUUAUUAAAUUCCUGAGAGAGACACAGUUCGAGAUCCCUGGGUAUGCCCAGAGAAUGUCUGGUCUUGAGGCCUAUCAGGAAUUUAGCACUUUUGUUGCUGAAGUAUCUGUGGAGGCUGUUGAGAAGAUUCCAACAUACUUUUCCUCCAUGUUCAGAACAGUAAUUGAAUAUUUCAACUCCAUUGAAUUCGUCCUUCCUGGUUCCACCCAUAUUGUCAGUGGAAGAGAAAUUCUUGAUGACUUGUUUGUAGCAUUUACAAAAAUCCAGGAUGAGGUUAUUGUCAAUGUAAGGAAAUUCAGAGAUGUCCAGCUAGAAAAUAUCAUUCAGAAAUUUUCUGGAAUCAUGCAGUUUAUUGUUGACCAAAGCGAGAAGUUUCUCCAAACUGUAAAAUCUCAAAAUGUUGAGAGGCUCACCACCUUCAUGGCUGAUGUGUAUGAUGAUGCCAUGAACUCUCAGGUCCUGGCUGACAUCACCAUCCAGUGUGAAAAGAUCUGCACAAUUGUAAAGGAAUAUCUAACAACUGUGAAAGCUAAACUGCAGGAUGUUUUUGCCAGCAUGUCUACUGAACAGCUUAAGGCUGACAUCAUGUCCUGGAUUGAUGUAGCGGUUAAACGUGUGAAUGCUUUCCAUAACAAUGUCAUCAAGACUCUUAAAGAGAAAAGCAAAAGUGUUGAACCAUAUGUGAGAGUCACUGACAGAGAGAUGGAGGUUGAUAUUCCAAUUCCAUUUGUUGCUAAAUUUAACUAACUGACCUUGGAUAACUAAGGGCUGUACUACAGUAUUCUCUACAUUCAAAUGAUUAAUUGUGUUUAUUUUUUCACAGUAGACAGCUGUACUGUUCCCACUGUGCUUCACUUGUGUCUUGUGUUAUUUAA